UAAAGACAGACAGACAGAGAAAAACAGACGGCAACAGACCGGGAGGAUAGUGAUUGACCAAAGCAAUGUCUGCAGGUGGUGAGUUCGAGUCUCUGGAGGAGAUUUUGGAGCGACAUGUACCUGAAGCACAGCUCAGUGAGGUGAAGCGUAUUCUGUUCGGAAAGGAGAUAACUAAGCUGCUUUUGCCGGAAGAGGCUAUAGAAACUGCCAAAGAAUGUAACUUCGAGCUGAAAGGUUAUGGGUUUGAAGCUGCUCCGGAACAACUGAGGCUACCCAGGAAGAUCAGAGUGGGACUCAUACAGAACCACAUUGUCCUGCCCACAUAUGCUCCCAUCCUGGACCAGAUUAAUGCCAUACACCAACGGGUCGGUCAAAUGGUCGAAGUGGCAGCCAUGUGUGAUGUGAACAUCAUCUGCUUGCAGGAGACCUGGACCAUGCCUUUUGCUUUUUGCACACGUGAAAAAGCACCAUGGACAGAAUUUGCUGAAUCAGCUGAAGAAGGAAACACCACACGCUUCUGCCAAGAGCUGGCCAAAAAAUACAACAUGGUCAUUGUUUCUCCAAUCCUGGAGCGAGAAAAGCUGCACAACACUAUAUGGAACACGGCAGUGGUCAUCUCUAACUCUGGGAAUGUGCUUGGAAAGACCCGGAAGAAUCACAUUCCCAGGAUUGGGGACUUUAAUGAGUCCACAUAUUAUAUGGAGGGCGACACUGGCCACACAGUAUUCCAGACGGUGUUCGGCAAAAUCGCCGUGAACAUCUGCUAUGGUCGCCACCACCCUCUGAACUGGUUCAUGUACAGCAUUAACGGAGCCGAGAUCAUCUUCAAUCCCUCAGCCACUGUUGGAGCGCUCAGUGAGCCCAUGUGGCCAAUAGAAGCCAGAAAUGCAGCCAUAGCAAACCACUGCUUUACAUGUGCCAUCAACCGAGUGGGAACGGAGACUUUUAAAAAUGAAUUCACCUCAGGUGAUGGAAAGAAAGCUCGUAACGACUUUGGACACUUCUAUGGAUCCAGUUACGUGGCUGCUCCUGAUGGCAGCCGCACUCCGGGCCUCUCUAGAACACGUGAUGGACUGUUGGUGGUGGAAAUGGACCUUAACCUCAACCGACAAAUCAGUGAUAUAUGGAGUUUUAAGAUGACUGGCAGAUAUGCUGAAUAUGCAGAGGAACUGAGCAAAGCUGUACAACGUGACUUCAAGCCCAACAUAGUGAAGGAGGAGUAGAAGAUCCACCAACACUGUUUUCUCUCUACUGACUAUUAUAGUAUUAAACGUGUUGAUUUGGUAAGAGAUA